UGCAAUUGGCCUAAAGGCGGGGUGGGCGGAACGAAAGAUGCGUGCCUCCUUGUUCCGGAUUCAAGAUGGCUGCGUCCAUAGUGCGGCGCUUGUGGCCUUUGCUGGCUCGUCCCGGCCUGCGGUCCCGGGGAGGGUGCGUCUGCAACCAGAGCGCAAGGAGAAGUUUUGCUACAGAGAGACCUGACCGGAACCUCCUGUAUGAGCACGCACGCGAGGGCUAUAGCGCGCUCCCGCAGCUGGACAUGGAAUCACUGUGCGCAUGCCCAGAGGAAGCUGCGCGCUCCCUGGAGCUCCGCAAGGGGGAGCUGCGACCAUCUGACCUGCCUACGAUUGUAGCCCAGGACAGCAGUCAGGUACAGCAGGACCCCCAGUAUCAGGGUCUGCGGGCCCGUGGCCGGGAGAUCCGGAAGCAGCUCACGCUCUUGUACCCCACGGAAGUCCAGCUUGAGGAGCGAUUCUACCUGCAGGCGCUGCGGCUGCCCAACCGGACCCACCCAGACGUGCCCGUCGGAGACGAGAGCCAGGCCCGGGUGCUCCACGUGGUCGGAGACAAGCCAGCUUUCUCCUUCCAACCCCGGGGCCACCUGGACAUCGGCGAGAAGCUCGACAUCAUCCGGCAAAAGCGCCUGUCCCACGUGUCUGGCCACCGCUCCUAUUACCUGCGAGGGGCUGGGGCCCUCCUACAGCAUGGCCUGGUCAACUUCACACUCAACAAGCUCGUCCGCCGGGGCUUCACCCCCAUGACGGUGCCAGACCUUCUCCGAGGUGCUGUGUUUGAAGGCUGUGGGAUGACACCAAAUGCCAAUCCGUCCCAAAUUUACAACAUCGACCCCUCCCGCUUCAAGGACCUCAACCUGGCCGGGACAGCGGAGGUCGGGCUUGCAGGCUACUUCAUGGACCACACCGUGGCCUUCAAGGAUCUGCCUGUGAGGAUGGUUUGUGCCAGCACCUGCUACCGGGCAGAGACAGACACAGGGAAGGAGCCUCGGGGGCUGUAUCGAGUCCACCACUUCACCAAGGUGGAGAUGUUUGGGGUGACAGGCCCCGGGUUGGAGCAGAGCUCACAGCUACUGGAGGAGUUCCUGUCUCUUCAGAUGGAGAUCCUAACAGAGCUGGGCUUGCACUUCCGGGUCCUGGACAUGCCCACUCAGGAACUGGGCCUUCCUGCCUACCGCAAGUUUGACAUUGAGGCCUGGAUGCCAGGCCGCGGACGCUUUGGAGAAGUCACCAGUGCUUCCAACUGCACGGACUUCCAGAGCCGCCGCCUGCACAUCAUGUUCCAGACCGAGGCCGGGGAGCUGCAGUUCGCCCACACGGUGAACGCCACAGCCUGCGCUGUCCCCCGCCUCCUCAUCGCCCUCCUGGAGAGCAAUCAGCAGCAGGACGGCUCGGUCCUUGUACCCCCUGCCCUGCAGCCCUACCUCGGCACCGAUCGGAUCACAGCCCCCACCCACGUGCCUCUCCAGUAUAUCGGCCCCAACCAGCCCCAGAAGCCCCGGCUUCCUGGGCAGCCUGCUGCCAGCUGAGAACCCACCCACGAUGGGGUUGCUCUGCUCCCUGGGGCCCAGGGGACCCUGGCCAACUGGAUGCGUCCUAACAUCUGCGUUCCUCACACAGCUCCACCCCUGGGGCCCAGACUCCAGGGCCCACUUUUCAGAAUCUGCCAAUGGCUCUGUUGUCACUGGGCACCCCACCACCGUAGGAAGCUGGACAUCUAGGGACUUCAAAGAUCUAGGAUGAGAGGAGGGGAGGAGGCCUCCAUGCCCCCUUCCUUUUUCCUUCCUCAAAAGUCCCUAGUAGGGAACCAGCAGUUAGCGUAAUGGCUAUGUCGCUG